AUGUUCAAAAAUUUCAUGUAUGUUGAAUAUGGGCCAGAAUUACAAUGUCAUGAUAAGCUCUAUUAAAAUGCCCUAAAAAAAUAGUAGAAAUAAAAAGACGUUGAUUACUAAAAAUAAUUAUAAAUGUUGAUUGAUCAAGUAAAUGAAAUCGAAGAUGAACCUCCUUAGUAGGUAACUAAGGACUUUUAUGAUUACUCAAUGAAAUGGAAAAAUCUAGUUAAUCAAAAACGAUUUUAGGAGCAGUAUUAAAAUGAGAUGAGUCUGUAACAAAAGUCAUAAUAACCUUAAAUAUAAAAAUUACCUUAGAAUUAUCUAUCACCCAUUGAUGGUUGGAAAUAUCAUGCUCAAUAGUACUUUGAGAAAAAAGGAAGCAGAUAGCAAAACGACUCCAGUUUCUAACCAAGCAUAAAUGAAAAGUCCAAAAUGAUGCAGUUUGAUGACCCAGUUGAAGAUAGAUUGAUUAAAUAUGGCUAGCAAAGAGAAUAGAAAUACCUAUUUGAAAAGCAAUUUGAAAAGUUUUAUGAAUAAGUCCAAAAUGAUCAAAGACCUACUAAACCAAAUGAAGAAGUCUUUUCCAGAUUAUAUAAUUAUGAACGCAAAUAACCACAACCUGAAGUAUAUUAAUUGAAUAUCAACAAGUUACCUCCUGAAUUUGAGGAAAGAGUCAAAAAGCGACGAGAAUAAUACUCUCUCUUUGAAAACAGGUAAACUAGAGCUUAGACUGAAAUAACUGAUCAUGAAAUCAAAGUAUUAUCAUAAAAUUAGUUUGAUGAAUUUCUGAAACGGAAUUUCUGCAAUAACUUUAGAACCCAAUCUUUUAAGGAAGAAUCAAUUGAAUCGUAUCCAUUCCAACCUGAAUUGAACAAGAAAUCCUUAGAAUUGGCUUCCAAAAACACAGACACUUUGAUAGAAAGGUAAGAGAAGUUUUUGAUCAAAAAAUAACAGACCUUAUAAUAAUAUUAAGAAGAACAAUAGUUGGAGAAGCAAAGACAAUCUGAAAAUGAAUUUAAAUAGAUGAGCAAGCCAAGUUCAAAGAUUAGAGUGAACAAACCCAGCAAGUCACCCAUUCGGCAAUAAAAUGCUUAUAACUUAUAAACAUUAAUCAACAAAUAAGUGCCUUAGCUAUUUUGA